CGACCCCAGGAACGUUAGCUAAUGGGAGUGGAGGACUUUCCCCCCCACGGGACCCGGGGAGUCGCUUGCCCUUGGUCAUCGCUGUUUCCCCGAAGACGAGCCCUGCAAGGACGCAUCGGUAUCGAGCCUCACCCCUGAACGGAAGUCUGUUAAUUUUCAGAAGAGUGGAGCGACAGUUUCCCGUACCAACUGUUGAUCGGAACGGGGGUCGCCCUGAUGGCGUUGGUAUUUUUGGCAGCCGUCAGUUUCCAAUGUUCCUCCACCUGGAAGUGGCUCAUGGGAGUCGCCAGGCAAGAAAGCGACGAGGACGCCGAAGGAGAACUCGCCCAACAAAAUGCUAUUCGAAUCAGCCAUUCCUUGCCCGAUCUCCAGUCAGAACCGAUUACCCACGAGUACAUCCAGGAACAGAAGGACAGCAAGAAGGUAUUGCGACAGACGACCCUACCGAUAGUCCCCAUGAGACACCAGACCUUCCAGCGACAAUUGUCCCAUCGCCUCGACCUGCCCAACAUCAAGUUCAGCAUAUGCAGCCUCGAGAAUCGAAGCGAUUCGAGCCUUGGACUCCUGAAGCCGGAGCUCUACAAGAAGGAACUCGUUCGCCAAGAGAGCAAUGAAAGUUCCAGCACCGUGGAAAUGGAAUACGCCGGCAAACUGCACUUUGCCCUUCGCUACGACAAAGAGAUCGACGGCUUGGUUGUCAAAGUCUUGGAAGCUCGAGAAUUGCCAAUAAAGGACGUGACCGGUAGCAGCGAUCCCUACGUGAAGGUGUACCUCUUGCCGGACAGAAAGAAGAAAUUUCAGACCAAGGUGCAUCGGAAGAACCUAAACCCGAUUUUCAACGAGACCUUCAUCUUCAGCGUACCUUACGAGGACUUGCGAGAACGUUACUUGCAAUUCUCGGUUUACGACUUCGAUCGGUUCUCACGACACGACCUGAUCGGUCAGGUGGUUCUGAAGGGGCUGCUGGACUGCACCGAUCUCGAGCAGGAGAUCGAGUACACCAUGAACAUCUACUGCGCGCUUCAGGAAAAGGUGAACCUAGGCGAGCUGAUGCUGUCCUUGUGCUAUCUUCCAACCGCUGGGCGUCUCACGCUGACCGUCAUUAAGGCGAGAAAUCUGAAGGCGAUGGACAUAACCGGCUCUUCCGAUCCGUACGUGAAGGUGUAUCUCCUGUGUCAAGGAAAGAGAAUAAAGAAGAAGAAGACCACCGUUAAGAAGCGCACCUUGUGUCCGGUUUACAACGAGGCGUUGGUCUUUGAUGUACCUGCUGACAACAUCGAGGACGUCAGUCUCAUAGUGAAAGUGAUCGAUUAUGACAGGAUUGGUUCGAACGAACUCAUGGGUUGCACGGCGAUAGGCUCCAGCUUUAUCGGAAUUGGACGCGACCAUUGGCUGGAAAUGCUGGAUAAUCCAAGAAAACCAGUCGCCCAGUGGUAUCCAUUGCUGGAAACCGUGGCCGGUCAUAUCCCAGCGGUGAGUUCGGAACCACUUCCGGUGAGCCUGAGCUGCUUGAACAGCAGAUGAAGGUAAUGUGGCUGGCCACCGAGGAUGCUCGCAAGUUCUGCAGGACGAGCGUUCGACCGAUCGUCCGUAAAACCCCUCUGUCACUUUAUGCACACUGCUUGACUGACUUAAGUACAACUCGAUGCUAAGAAAGAACGGCAGACGAAAUCUGUGCUUUGGAUAACCAUCGACGAGCGUGAAAUGGUAAAUGGCGCCUCUAGCCAGGGAAAAGGUUUCCCCGGAUGGUAAAAGGUGGAAAGAUGGAAGCUAGGAUCUCGCGAGGUCAAGAAAACGGCCAUUCGAAUUCUACGCGGACCGAGUUCAGGGAAAGAAUCGAUUUUUAUUCCUAUUAAGCCCGGAAAAUUAUCAAAUUUUGACGAGGCAAUCGAAAAGUGAUUAUUUCGGGUCAGUUCACUUUGGCAUCGAGAAUUCAAAAAUAAUGACAAGAGUAUACAAAUAUUUAAAAUGAGCCAUCUCGUGAUAUCCAGGAAAUGUGAAUUUUUUAACGAAUUCAAAUUAAGUAGAAAAUUUCCGCAAUUGCACAUGCGUGUUUACGCAAUCGAUGCAAAUACGUUCCGCGCGAUCUUCGAAUGGCACCUUGACUUCGUGCCAAGGAUUGCAUGUCCAAGAAAGUCGAGUAAAACGUCUUCUACGUACGAGUAACGAGGGUUAUUCGCGGUGCAGGUGAUACCUUAAGGCAACAGAAAAUGGGCCUUACUCUCAGGUUAAGCGUAAUGACAAGGCGAUGUCAAAAAGAGAACGUUAACUACCGAUAUUGUAGUCGACGGUGCUAGAAGUCAGUAGCUGGUAGAGGCAUGUCGAGUGUUUUUUAUCGACGUGGAGAUAAGUGCUAGGAGUGGCAGGCGUGGAGCAUUUUUCUAUGAAACUGUACAGUAUCGAACAAGUAGGGAAAAGCUAGACGAAAUGACGAAUCGGUUGAAGCGGAUAAUCCUAAAAUAUCCUCCUAAAAAGGAGAGCUAUGCAUACUAAUAUUAUAAAUACUUAAAAAUUAUCGACGACUCCCGGAGACCCAAAAACUAAAGAGAAAAUCUGAAAAUUUACGAAAUCGUUAGAGAAAGGAAAAUGUCAGGUCAAAAAAUUUGGAAUCGUCCCGGAACUCGAUAUGAGGUAGAAUUCGGAGGAAGUUAGACGCGAUUCUAAAGUAAGACUCAUAGAAUUCUUUGCUGUAGGGAAAAGAAACAUAUAGAAGUUUAAGUACGUGUCCGGUGAAAUUAAAUAUUUGAUCAUGGUUUCGAUUACCAUGGUGCACGUACUAAGCAUAAAUGACUUAUUGCGCAUAUAUCUAUUUCGAGACGUACACGUGGCACAUAUUUUAUGCGCACUAACCUUUCGCGUACCUGUGGCUGUGUACAACGUGUACAACGUACAAGUGUAGUACCUACUGCUAUUUUCACACAAAACCGAUGUGUUUCCAGGAUGUCAUCGGAAGCGUAAUGCUUUCUACUCCUCGGUACUUUAUCGAAAAUUGAAAGGAACGGUACUCGUAACCGUAAACAGAGUAUCGGGCACAAAGUAUUUUUUUAUACGACUCGCGGUAUAUUUUUGACUCUGUACCUCUUGUCUAGAUAUCUCUUAAAAGUAUCGGUCCCAUCACCGAUUACGACAAUCCGAAGGGUGUAUUAACGCAAUGGCUAUGAUAGUCCAGCGUCUUUGCCAAUUCACGCUCGUCGUUUGGAGUAUCCACUUCUACGCAAAGAACACGAUGUACUCACAAGAUAUGUGUUAUAUGAGCCUUCAAAGGCCCUCUUUGUGAUAAUAUACGAAACACGUACACACGUACACACAGAAUGCGCGAUGUGACUUGUAAAAGAAAAAAAAAGCAUGUGUAUCCGUUUGCUGCUUCGUAUGUACACCUACACACGAUAAACUCAAGCAUUCGAUCGUAACAUUGAUAAUAACGUAGGAGAUACUAUUAAAAGUAGCAGGAAAAUA